AUGGCGGGCGGCCUGCCCCCAGGGUACCGCUUCUACCCGACGGAAGAGGAGCUGAUAUCCUUCUACCUGCGUAACAAGCUGGACAACCUCCGCGACGACAUCGAGCGCGUCAUCCCCGUCGUCGACGUCUACUCCGUCGACCCCUGGCAGCUCCCAGGGAUUCACGAGAUGCUGCGCGGCGGCGGCGCCGGGGAGGGGGAGCCGUGGUUCUACUUCUGCCCGCGGCAGGAGCGGGAGGCGCGGGGUGGGCGGCCCAGCCGGACGACGCCGUCGGGGUACUGGAAGGCCGCGGGCACGCCCGGGGUCGUCUACUCCACCGCCGAUCACGACCGCCGCGCCAUCGGGAUGAAGAAGACCAUGGUGUUCUACCGCGGCCGCGCGCCGUCGGGGACCAAGACCAAGUGGAAGAUAAACGAGUACAGGGCGCUCCAGUACGAAGCCCCCGUCCCCGGCCCCGGCUCCGCCGCCGUCGGAGUUGGAGUCGGAACUGACGGGUCCUCGUCGUCGUCGUCGCGCCCACCACCACGCCGCCGCUGUACCCGUACCACCACCACCAAACGUUGCCCCGCAGCCGCAGGCGCCAGGGCAACUUGGUCGAUGUUGCAGCAGAGGGGCGAGUUUAGCCUGUGUCGACUCUACACCAAAUCUGGGACCCUGAGACAGUUUGACCGGCGGCCGCUCGCAGCUGCGCGAGGCGUCGUCGUCCCUGGCGAGGACCCGGCGGGGCCGUCCACGGCAGUCGCCGCGUCGCCGCCGGAUGAUGACGAUGGCUCCGGCAGCAGCUCCAUGCAACAGCAGCAGCUGACGGAGAGAGGUGCCAACGAUCCAUACGGUGACGACGACGUGGCGGCGACGACGGAGAGAGAAGGUGCCCACGAUCCUUUCGGUGACGACGUGGCCAUCUUGGAUGCCCUUUUAUACUGGCCCGGAGACUAG